AUCAUCACGUGCUGGUAAAGAAUAUAAACGUGAUACAAGAGGGACGUAGUUAACAAUGGCAUCUUUAAAAUCUCUAUUAAUAUUAUCUUUUCUGUUUUGUGCUGGGUUACAUUUAUCAUGUUUGGCACUGCAGUGCAUUGAUCCAAACGGGAAACCGGUUGAUUGGUUUAUUGUGUAUAAACUGCCCAAACUCCCAGGUAAUAAAUCCAAUCCCAUACUGAGGGAUGGACUUGGCCAUUUCUACAUGGAUGUCAACACUCCACAGUGGAAGCUAUCCAAUAUUUCUAUGGCUUGUUCGAAACAUGCCAUUUACAACACUCUGCAGCAAAUAUAUUCAUCAAAACUAUCAGAUGGCAUUCUCUAUCUGAUGUACAAUGACGAAGAUCCUAAAGGAAGACCAUACCUCAGCUCAGGACAUACAAAAGGAGUGAUCUCAUUCGACAAACAUACAGGGUUUUGGUUGGUUCACAGCACACCCAGGUUUCCACCUUUCAAACAGGAUGGAUACUCGUGGCCAGAGAGUGCCAAGGACUUCGGUCAGAAUUUCCUCUGUGUCACCUACAACUACAAGAUGCUCAACACCAUAGGCUCAAUGCUGGUGUACAACCACCCAAAGUUUUAUGAUCUGAACUACACAAAUGAUUAUCUCCAUGACAACCCCUCCCUGCGAGACGCUCUGCAAGGAACACAGCUUCAAGUUCCACCCUGGACCAACAAGGAGGAGCUCAUAUCAUCAAGAGGAACGAAGUUCGUCGGCUUUGCAAAGAGUAGAUGCUUCCAUAAAGAUUUGUAUGAAGAUUAUGUGGCUCCCACUCUAAAAGGAGAUCUGUUUGUUGAGACUUGGAGAUCUAAUGAACCUCAGGGUUUAGCAAGCAACUGUUCGAAAAAAUACAAGGUGUAUAAUGCUGAUUUUAUCAAGCUGCCAAAUGGAAUAAACUUCAAAGAAACCAAAGACCAUUCGAAGUGGGCAGUAUCUCAGAAUGCGACAUACUGGGUCUGCAUUGGGGAUAUAAACAGACAGUGCCACCAGGAGAAGCGAGGGGGAGGUACAGUGUGUCUGCAGGACAAGAUGGUGUGGCAGGCGUAUAACGAUGCCGUGGGGGGGAUCGUCCAGUGUCCGCAAAAAGCCGCUCCGUGUGUUCUGAAAAGAAAACUGCAUUGUUAAAACAGUAAUUACAACUGAUGUUUGUGUUCAUAGGUUGACAUUUGUUUGUGUUAAAAUGUUAAUAUUUUUGCUAAAUGACAACUUUUGUGUCAUAUGUUGACAUUUGUGCUAAAAUGUUGACAUUUGCUUUAAGAUGUUGGCAUGCAUACUAAAUGUUGACAUUUGUUCUGAAAUGUUGACAUAUUAAAAUAUUGAGACUUGUGUUAAAGGCGCUCUGUCACGGAUGGUUGACCAAAUUAAUGACCUAACAAAGUAUUAUCUAAAAAUAUAUACAUUUGAUUUGUCGCUAAAAGUACUUUAUUUAACCAUCUACAUAACUACCAUAACCCACCUAUUACUGAUAUUUUGUAAAAAUAAUUGAAUUAUGUCUACGGUCCAUAAUUCAGGAAAAAAUAAUGGCUAUUUGGAGCAAAGAGGUGUGACGUAUUAUUUUUGUAGUCACGUUGGGAAACCCCCGAAUUACCGCAGUGUCAAAACGAUUUGCCAAGUUUGUGUAAUGAGAAAGCUUGAGGGUAAAUCGAAAGAAAAACAAUGAAAAUAAGUUAUAAAAAAUUAUAUAAACAUGUACUGAAUGAUAAUAACCGUAUACAUUAAUUUAUUUUAGCAACAGAAGCAUUUUAAACGGCGACGAUUCUGACUAGUUAGGCCUUUGCAUUUACAGGUAAAUUAAUCAUUUGUUGUACGCAGAAAAAUCUAAAUACCACAUUCAUUUUUCACUUUGUCAAAUUUAUUAUUACAUAAAAUAUACCAUAACCCCGUGGGUAAUUACAGCUGGCUUGGGAUAGGAAUUAUUACAUUUUUAAAGAAUACUGUGAAGUAGACAGCGUUUAUAUACGAAGAGGCUAUAUGGCUUCCACUGACGAAGGCUGCCUAUAAACACAGUAAAAAUGUAUAUAGGCGGUAAGUAAGUAUUUGAUUGAUCCAUAUUACCGAACCACUUGGGACAGGAGGAAUACAUACUAAGUACAAACAGUGCGUGGUCUGAACAGGGGAAUGGGGGGUGAAUAUGAAUCUAGCGGACUCUUUUGUGUACGUUUUCCAUAGACUCCUACCCAGUGUUUUUCAGGGCACAAUAUUUCUCACGAACCGCCGUUCUGUUCACGUGUCGGUUACACAAAAUUAAAUUUACGCGAACCGCAAAUCGG